UAGUCGCCGACGCUGCUCUCUGUCUCUGUCUCUCUCUCUCUAGAAGCUGGGGAAGUCGGGUUUCGUCCGACCCUAACGUCCUAAUUCGGAGUCUUUGGUUUAAUUGCCAAAAAAAAAAAUAAAAAUUCAAUCAAUCCUUAAUUUCUGUUUUUCACCAUUUUCUUCUUCUUCUUCUUCUUCUUCUUGGGUUCUUCUUCUUUUUUAUCCUGCUUGGUGCAUUGGUACUGUAUACAAGCACAAGAUCAGUGUGUAGUGGGGGGCGUUGGUCCAGAAAUUUGAUGAUUUUGGGCGAAAAAGAAUAUCCGUACAUUUUUUACGUUCAUUAUCAGAGAGAUUUGGUGGGAUUAAAGGUUUAUAUUGGUCAUCUGUGGUAGGCCCCAGUGCGAGAGGUUACCGUCGCCGGAGGAAGUCAAAAGAAAAAGGAAAGAUAAAAAGAAAUCGCCGCUGGUUAUAGGGUGGUUACGGCCGGGGGAGGGAGGAUGAAGCUUAGAAAGGCUGCGUUGUUGUUGCUGUUGGUAUCCACGGUUCUUGCCCCUAUUGUCCUCUACACUGAAACUCUCGGCAUUUAUCUUCCGUCUUCUGCUACUUCUUCUUCUUCUUCUGGGAAUGACUUUAUUGUUGAAGAAGCUUCUGCCUUUACCUUUGGAGGUGACAUCAGGCCACUCAAUAUACUGCCCCAAGAAUCAACUACCAUUCUGAAAGAGCCGUUGGGCUUUGUUUAUUCAGAAAAUUCUACCCAAUCUCUUGCUGCUAAUGUUUCUGAUGCCUCCGCCAAUGACAAUGCUCGCAUAACAAGACAGCUAACUGAAGAUUCUCUGCAGCAUCAAGCCACUGUCUCAUCUGUCCUGAGCGGAGGCCGCACUGGAGACGCUUUUGAAAAUCCCAUCAGGCAGGUCACCACCACCAAAGAGCUGAAAGCUCAGUCUAAGGAUGGAGAAGAGUUACAUUCUCAGGAAACUGAAUUCAAGACUAUACAUACUGAUUCAACUAAAGAAAUGAGUAGAACCAGUUCUGAGAAGUCAGACAGUGCCUUUGGGAAAAUGCAAACAAAUGUUGAGCAUCACACUUCCAGAAACUCUGGUAGAAAUGGUGCUAGAGAACAAAUGGAUGCCCAAAAUGAUAAGCAGAAAGAACAAGCAGCUCUGCCAGAUGCUCGUGUUAGCCAACUAAAGGAUCAACUCAUUAGGGGAAAAGUUUAUCUCUCCCUCUCAGCAACUAGAAAUAAUCCCCACUUUAUAAGGGAGCUCCGAUUGCGUAUGAAGGAAGUUCAACGAGUGCUUGGGGAUGUCACCAAAGAUUCUGACCUACCCAGGAAUGCCUUUGAGAAGUUGAAAGCCAUGGAGCAAACCCUAACUAAAGGCAAGCAAAUUCAAGAUGAUUGUGCUGCAGUGGUAAAGAAGCUUCGAGCCAUGCUUCACUCCACUGAAGAACAGCUUCGGGUCCACAAGAAGCAGACCUUAUUCUUGACUCAUUUAACCGCCAAAACUCUUCCUAAAGGACUUCAUUGUCUUCCGUUGCGUCUUUCAACUGAGUACUUCAUGCUAAAUUCUUCCCAACAACAAUUUCCAGGUCAAGAUAAAUUGGAAGACUCCAGGCUCUACCACUAUGCACUGUUCUCAGAUAAUGUACUGGCAGCUGCUGUUGUUGUAAACUCAACUAUCUCUCACGCAAAGGACACUUCAAGGCAUGUUUUCCACAUCGUCACGGACAGGCUAAAUUAUGCUGCAAUGAGGAUGUGGUUUUUGGCAAAUCCACCCAGCAAUGCCACGAUACAGGUCCAGAAUGUCGAGGAAUUUUCUUGGUUAAAUUCAAGUUACAGUCCUGUUCUCAAGCAGCUGGGUUCUCCCUCCAUGAUUGAUUACUACUUCAAGAAUCGCCGUGCUGAAUCUGAUUCAAAUUUGAAGUUCAGGAACCCGAAAUACCUGUCAAUAAUGAAUCAUCUACGUUUUUACCUGCCAGAAAUUUUCCCCAAGCUAGGCAAGGUUCUGUUCUUAGAUGAUGAUAUUGUGGUGCAGAAGGAUCUAACUAAGCUGUGGUCCCUUAAUCUGAAGGGAAAGGUGAUUGGUGUGGUUGAGACUUGUGGAGAAAGCUUUCAUCGGUUUGAUCGUUACCUAAACUUUUCAAAUCCUCUGAUUUCCAAAAAAUUUGACCCUCGUGCUUGUGGUUGGGCGUUUGGAAUGAAUAUUGUUGACUUGGAUGAGUGGAAGAGGCAAAACAUAACAGAAGUCUACCACUCAUGGCAAAAUCUGAACCAUGAUAGGCAGUUGUGGAAAUUGGGGACACUGCCACCUGGAUUGAUAACAUUUUGGAAUCGCACGUAUGCCCUUGAUCGAUACUGGCAUGUGCUGGGCCUUGGUUACAAUCCAAAUAUAAGCCCGAAGGAGAUUGAUCGAGCAGCGGUUGUACAUUACAAUGGCAACUUAAAACCAUGGCUUGAGAUUGGCAUACCCAAGUAUCGAAGUUACUGGGCUAAAUACGUUGACAAUGAUCAGAUGUACUUGAGGGAGUGCAACAUCAACCCCUAAAAGUCUGCUGACAAUUUCUGCUGUGUAGAGGUCCUCCAGUGCAGGAUGAUGCUGGUCCGCUUAAUGCAUGCUCUAUGAAGUUGGCUGAGUAGGGAUUAUUUUGUUCACUUGUGAAAGGAGAGCUGUUUAGGUAUACAAAUUGCUGGCGGAGCGAUUGCCGAGACAUUUCUUCUAGUCAUCCAUUACUCUGGAGCUGGAGGUUGCAGAUAAAAUGUGUGGAUGGUUGGAAAGAUGUUCCCCUACUCCCUGCAACUUUGUUUUCCUUCGAUUCUUUUGGGAUGUUACUUCCUUGUAAGGUAUGUAUAUCAUUCGUUCAUUUUGCUUGAUAGGCGGUAGUAUAUUUCCUACAUGUGUAGCUUCCCACAAGUGAUUUCCGUUUGAUUAGGAAUAUGACUGCAUCUUUGUAACCGACAGAAGUUUGUUAUUCCAUUAGCUUUGAUGACAAAAAGUUUAUGGUCAAUUUGCAGCAAACGCUCGGAA